AUGGCGUUAGACAUAGAACACAACACAGGAAAAUGGGCCAUCAGUGAAGCCAAGAGAAUUGAAGAUGUAAAUAAGAGCAUAGUCAUGGAGUUGUCAAAUGGCUUAAAAAUGUCUUCUAAAUCUGCCAACUCAAAGGCAUUAGAAUCCACAGAGGAGCUGAAAGUGCGAAGUCACAGCACGGAGCCAUUACCAAAGCUGGACAGCAAAGAGAGAGGACAUCAUGGGGCAUCUUCCAGAGAGCCUGUCAAAGCUCAGGAAUGGGAUGGAACACCAGGGCCACCUGUGGUCACCAGUAGAAUGGGAAGAUGCUCUGUGAGCCCCACCUUGUUAGCAGGAAACCACGGCUCAGAACCGAAAGUGAGCUGCAAACUGGGACGGUCUGCGUCCACAUCAGGUGUGCCCCCUCCUUCAGUUACUCCUCUCAGGCAAGCCAGUGACCUGCAACAGAGCCAGGUGGCAUGCAUGCCGUGGUUUCAUGGAGACCAUACAAUGCUUGAGAUGAUUGAGAAAAAGCGUUGCUUGUGCAAGGAAAUAAAGGCUAGACAGAAAACGGAAAAGGGCCUUUGCAAACAGGAUAGCAUGCCUAUCCUGCCCAGCUGGAAGAAGAACGCAGGCGCAAAGAAGUACAGCCCCCCGCCCUAUUCUAAACAGCAAACGGUAUUCUGGGAUACUGCCAUAUGACGGUGUACAGGGUGGCGUUAGCUCCACAUUACUUCCCACAUAGAGGGAGAUCGACUCGGUCAUGUGAUACGUAACUGUUAUAUAUCUUUUCUGUUGGAAUGGAAUGCCAGCGCUUCCCUGGAAAACCCAUGGGAAGCCGUGCUUAUGGCAAGUUCAAGAUAAAAUGUAUGUUUCCUUGCAAUUAAGGCACACUUAUUUAUCACGGAUUAUUUUGAAUCCAGAAGAGAUUAAGAUGUAAAUAUUUUACUAGUUUAUGGGUGACACCUGAAAUAAUACAUUAUACGUCUAUAAAUGACAGAAAUAUUAAGAGUUUUACUAUAUGACAUAAUUUCGGUAUUAACUGGUUUGUUAUCUCUUUUAUAUGUAAUCCCUUGAUGCCUUUUAUUAUUAAUUUUUACAGUUAAUGUAUUUCUUUUUCUGCCCACAUUUGGCUUCUGUACAAGAGCUCAUGGCUAUAAAUCAUGUUCAAUCACAUAAUAUAUGAUCUGGUGCUAGUAAUGUAGAAGUUGAAUAUCAUAUUCAUGAAGAACAUCUGUUGCUUUGUAAGUUUUUAAGGGUUUGACAGGAAAUGAAUGCAAGUGUGAUGCUUAAUUUGGACGUCCAUGUUACAUCAACACCAAUAUUUUUGCUACAUUGGCUUAAGAAUUUCUCUUUAAUAUUGUCUUGAUACCAAGGAAUGGUUAAUCAGACCCCAGAGAAAAGUGAUUAGGGUAUAUUUGGACAUCCUAGCAGAAUGUCCAGAUAUUUCCUUCAGAAAUGACGUUAGGGAUAUGUGUCCAUGCAUCAUUGAUCUGAUUGGAGGAGACCAGGGUUCACUGUGACAAUGGAAGGAACAAGGAAUCGAAAGCUGAACAGCACGACUGCUUUCCAGAAGAUGGGACCAGUGGCAUGAGAGCCACUGGAAUCACUAUUGAAGUAACUUUUCAUGUGUAUGUUUCCCUUAGAAAAUGAGAAAUACACAUUUAACCAGAUGAGCUUACAUAUUUUAGUACACUAAAUGCCAAUCUUCCCCGAAAUUUAUGUCCAUUAAUGGAAUAGUAUUUCUUGUUAAUUUUUUCAAACUAGUUAUCACCACAUUUUGGGGUCAUAAUCUGUGUAUGCUCAUCACACCCAUCCUUACUGAUUAUGACACCACGACCAAAGAAUUAUGACCAUUAAUUUAUUUUAUUUUGUUUCAAGGAAGAAACAGGAAAUGCAGGGGAUCAGGGAUGGGAUAGAUUCAAUUUUAUGUGGUGGUGAAAUUUAAGUUAAACAAAUCAUAUAUAUCUUUUAAGAGUAACUUGUAGUUGAAUAUAAAUAUUGCCACUGAUGAAUAAUAAAGGAGACUAUCACAUAUAUUUUGUAUAUUUAAAUUACUAUUUAUGCUUCCUAAAAUUGACAGUAUGUGGUUCUUCUUUAUCAAUUUAGUAUUAUAUUUCUGAGAGAAAAGGUAUGUGUUUGAAGUUGUCAUCAGUGGUUUUCUUUGUAAGGGUUUUGACAGCAAUAGUACAGUGUUGCUCAAUAAAAACCAAAUAUAACAGGAGUUAGGGAAUUUUUGUAAUCUAUAUUGCUAAAAACCUAGUAAUGCUUUAUCAGUAAUAGUUCUUUUCAAGCUUUUGAAAUCUUAUAAGAUAAUUUUUAAUAUUUUAUAAUUAAUGUAUAUUUUGAUGUCCAAUUAGAAUUCUGAAAGAGAAGGAAGAAAAGGUAAGUGGGAGCAUGUGUAUCUGUUGUGUGUGCACGUGUAUGCGUGAAUGAGGACUCAGUGGGAGAACCGUAUACGUAAAAUGCUUUCUGAAGAUUUAGGUUUUGCUUGUAUAACUGAGGUGGUAAAAAAAGCAGAAUCAUGAGUAAAGGAAAUCAUGGAGAGAGCUUAAGUAGCUUAAAUAAAUCCUUUUGCCAUUUUUCACCAGUUAUGUUUUAAGCCCAAGAAUCCAUGGAGCACAAAUCUAAGAGUGAAGAAAAGGUGUUAAGAUAAAAUCACAAUUAAAAAAAAUAAAUGUGUUUAUGACCCAAGUUGUUAUACUGAUUUAAGUUAUUAUGUCCACAUAUACUCAAGCCAAUCAAUCAGAUAUAAGGCAUCAAUUCUCAGAAUCUUUAUGAUGACAUUGAUAUAUACAUAUAUUUCAGGCUCAGUAGGGUGAUGAUUGGAUAAUUCCCUUGAAUUUUAUAUUUAGGUAACACAUACAAAUGUGUUUUUCAGAUGCUCACCUUUUCCAUAUCUCACUGAAUGAGGCCGAUGAUAUUUUUUAAUGCUGGCCACUUGUCAAGAAGGAAGUAGAGGCACUGAAAUGAUUUGUGUUAGAUUCAGCCAUUCCCACCGUUUCAUGCACUCUUUUUUCAAGCAGGUUAAUUUUCUAGUAAGGCAACUUAUUCGAAAAUCUGACCUCAGGCAACUAUUUUUAUUUAAUUUCUCCAAAUCUUGCUUACAAUGGGAAAUAAUUGAAAGAUCUGGAAAAGUAACUUCACCGAUAUAUGACUCAAGAACAUACUACGUGCCUAUAGAACUGUACGUUGCAGCUUAGCCUAUGUGGCAAUAGCCAUUCUAUAGUUAAUUUCUUCCUUGUAUAGUGUUUCUUUAUGUGGAGGAAAAGAGGUGAUUAGAAUAAAGAGGAAAAAAAUAAAGCUUACUCUCUAGUGGCAGUCAAUCAGGACACUUCAAUCUAUGAAUUUGUUCAGAUGAUUCAAAAAAAUUUUACCUACAGCCAGAACCCUAUGGAAUGACAACACUCAUAUUUUUUAGCAGUGCCAAAGAACAAAUCUUACAUGGCAUGGUUAUCAGGUUGAAAGAGCUCAUACCUAUGAAAAAUGGUUUUUUCACAGCACAUUUUCUAGAAACAGAAUUUUAUUGGCUGUCAGCAAGAUGCUUUUAUAUGUGAAAACUUCUCAGCAGAGAAGAGACAAAUUUCUUUAGAAUUAAUGGGAAGGAAAAAAAUCAGUCCUGCAUGUUUGCCCAAUCCCAGUAGCCAGUGUAUUUUGAGGUAUCAUAGUUCUUGACAUAAACACUGCCACCCUUUCCCCCAUGUUUAUGCCAUUGAAACAAGUUUGGAGUGAAAAGUGAUUGAUUUGUGUAAAUGCAGGAGAAUGUCUACCCAUAUACAAUUGUUGGGAAAGUGAAGCAAAACAAACUGUUAGGAGGUUAAAAUUUGCAAUUUUAAAGAAUAUACACCUUCAAAUACACAGCAAUUGUCUGGAUACAACUAGGUACAACUUCCCUUUUCAAAAUAAUGACACUGAGACUUCAGAGACACCGAGGUUCCAAAUAGUUUUUUGUUUUAAGUGCUCCUGGAGAGCAGAGAAACAUUUUUCUUACUACGUUUUGGCUUAGGCCUCAUUCUCACACACAUUUUGGGUUGCCGGUUUUGAGUGAGUUUAGUGCUCAAGUCAAGAAACUAAACAAUCCUAUUAGGAUAUGUCUUUAGCUAAUUAAAUAAGACAUCAAAACAAUGCACAUACAAUGCAGUUUUCAUAUAACUUAUGUGUUAAGGUGAACCACUUGCUCAAAAUAGCCAAGCGCCUACAAGCUAACUUUGGCUACCUAUGAAACUAAGAUGCCUAUGAUUUAAGCAGUCAGUAAUCUGAGAUGAGAGUUAAUUCACACUUGCAAAGGAAUGGGAGAAAAAUAGAAGAGCAAUUCAUAAUGUAUUGGGUCCCAAACUUAAAUGGAAGUGAAACAAAAUGGUACGUAUAGUACUUAAGAUAACUCAUGACAUCUUCCCUAAAUGGAAAAAUCGAUAGCUAACUGUGGAAGGUGGACAAUUUGUUGUUAAUCUGUUAUUUAACAGCUCACUAUUGAGAAACUUAUGUACCAGUUAUUUAAACAAAAUUCUGAAGCAUUUGGCAUUAAACAUUCAAGAAGAUGUGGUCCCUGCCUUUGAAAAGCUGAAUUGUGCAAUCAUUAAUAUUUUCAAAACAAAUUGUUUUUAAGAAGAUAUACAAUAUCAUGUGUUUGACAUCUCAUGUCUUUAUAUAUGGUAUUCUCUUUUUUUUUCAGAUCAAGUGUACAGUCAAAAUACUAAAACAUAUUAAAUUUAAUGUCUAAGUAUAAAAGAUGUGUAAGCCUCUAUAUGUACACAUAGGCUAUGUAUUGCUGUCUGUGUAAAUCAGUAAAAAGGAUAACACGUUUUGCCAUGUUGGGCUUGAACACUCUUGCUUGGGGUUUGGAUUAAUUUAAAACCCUUUGAUAUUUGGGUCAGUUACAUCAUAGAAAAAUGUGUGUAAUCUGAAAAAAUAAUGUCUGUACGUUUCCCUUUGACUAUUAUAACCUUUCAGAUUUAAGGGGAACAUCUUUAUAGAAAUAUUGUUGGAUUGAUUGCAACCAAACAUGUGUGAAAUCUUUUUGAAGUAUUCAAUUGUUUCCAAAUAUGACUGGGUUUGCCCACCCUAAAAGUAUCUCCAUUUACACAUGUAUACACCCACAUACAGCAUACAUACUGUAUAUAAUAUAUAUGAAAAUGUUUAGUAUGCACUUCUUUUGUUUGGAACUCCUUACGCUAACAUUUGUAGUGUAGCAAUUUGUGUCAAGUGCACUGUGGUUAUAAAAACAAAGCACAGUGAAGUCACCGGUCUUGUUAUCUUGCACUAAAAAUGUGUUUACGUAUUUAGCAAUUGUAUGUUUACUUUCUUGCUCUUUUCAAGAAAUUGAAACAAAUAGCUAUUGAGAAAAUGAUAUAAAAUAAUAUGUUUUUUAGUGGAUAAUGGCACUACAUUUUUACAAGACAGGGUUUUUAAAAGAAACCAUUUAACAUCCAUUCCAACAAAACAUGUUUACCAUAUCUAAAAAUCUGAAUGUUGUACUGCAUUUUUCAUAACUCAUUAAAAAUGUCAGGUACGUGCCUGAAAAAUUGUGCAAAUGAGCAUUAGCUAACAGAUUUCUCUACUCAUGUGUUAGCCAUUUCUAUAUACAUAAUAAUAUAAACACUGAUGUUUUAGUUUCUCUUAAUUUUUGUACUUGAUUUUUUUAGGUAAUAUGUAAUUAUAAAUGUACUUUGAUACUACUGAAGUAACCAGAUGUUGUUUGAAGACCAAUUGUUUUCUUUAGUGCAUUGGCAAUCUUUUACAACACUUUUGUGCUUAUUAUUUGUGCUCCCGUGUAAUUAUAAUAAAAGCAAUAGUUUAAAUUAGU